UUCCGCUUAAACCGGAAGAGACUGAAGUGCUCAUCUGCUCUGAGUUGUGGCUUCUACAGAACCACCACUUUUUUUUUUAUAACAACAAAUAAAUCAAUUAAAGACACAACAAUGGUGACAGACGUGCAGUUGGCCAUCUUUGCCAACAUGCUUGGCGUGUCCCUGUUCCUGCUGGUGGUACUGUACCACUACGUGGCCGUCAACAACCCAAAGAAGCAGGACUAGGAAAUAAUUUGGACCCUUGGGAGAUGGAAAUCAUCACCACCGCCCAGGAAAUAACCCCCCCCCCUCCAAAAAAUGAUUUCCUAAAUAUUGUGCAGUAGUUUUUUUUUUCUAAAUAAAAAUGCAGAAAAAAAAUAUAUAUAUCUGUAAUGGUUUUAUAUGCAGUUACCUAACCUUUGAGCCAAGGCACCUACCUACCUUAUAUUAGAGAAAAAUUUGCCAUCUCACCAUCAGAACAAAAAUAUUCCAAAAUAAAUAUUAAUCAUCAUUGACCUAUAGCCACAGUAAAAUAGCAAUGUACAGAUCACGAACAAAUGACAAAUAUUUGGUCCCAAAAUACUUGUAUAGCAUAAUAUUCAACACUUACUGGUCCACAGAAAAUAUAUAAUUACAUGGGACACAUAUUUAUUACACUUAAUCACAGGAGGGGACAUAAAUGACUUAAAAUUGAUCAGCUUAAGGGUAGUUAAAGAGAACGUCUAUAACUCAUUUUUGUAACAAUUGUCGGGGGUAUUGCUUGAACGGAACCUGCCAGAAUCAAUUAAAUCACACAAUCUUCUGUACAACAUCGAGUGUUUAAAGGAGCAGCAUUAAAGUGGAUACUUCUUAGAGGCAACAUCUAAUAGAAUGAGGUUAACUGACAAGGUGCUCGUUAGUAAAUGUGUAUAAAGUGGUACCUGAUUUAAGAGUUUGACCAAGCUUGGGACUCAAUUUACUUGUCCCAUUAAAUUAAUCCGUUCCAGCCCUGAAAACACCAUAAUGUUUUUUGUUACAUACAAGAGAAUGUAAAGAAAUAAAGUAAUCCCUCGUUUAUCGCGGGGGUUAGGUUCCGGACCACACAUGCAAUAGGUCAAAUCUCCAAAGUAGCGCUCACAUAUACAUUUUUUUUAAAGCUGUAUGAACAUUCACAGACAAUUCUAUUAACCACUUUAUAUACUCUUAAAAACACCUUUAAAAAAUGUAAACAUACCACAAAAAAUUGCACUAUGAAUCUGAAAAAAUAAAAUCAAUGCACCGAAUCCGCAAUAGGUAAACCGUGAUAUAGCAAGGGAACACUUAUAAAAUGUAAUUCCUGUGCGUACUGUAGUAUUUGUGUAUUGGGUGUGUGCCUUCAAGGGGCGUGGCCUAGUGAGUGACAUGAACUGAAGCAGGUUAGUCUGCGUGUGAGCGUCUGGGUGCGAGUUGUGGACUACAGCAGCUCCUUGUGUGUGUGUUCUCAUUUUGUCCUGUUGGAAAAACACUUGAAAGUAUGGCUCUCCUUGCCUACAUGUGCGGGCAUUACAACAUUGCAAUUGCUAAAUUUGUUAACAUUUCAAUCGAGUGGCAGCACAUCUGAAGCUCGUUUGCAACACAAAGUAAAACAAAAUACAAAUUAAAAAAAAAAAAGACCAAGAGACUGCUCGUAACUUGAAAAAUCUGCAAGUUGGGGCACUCCUUAAAUCAAGGUACCACUGUAUUUGUAUGUGUUAGGGUGUCAUAGUCUACAGUGUUUGAAGAUAAAAAUGAAGGUACUCUCUGCUUACACUCACUGUGGUGAAGGCACUUAAACCUGACAACGACAAUACGACUGCAGUACACUGACUCAAUACGGAAAUAUACGUGACACUCACUGGCCACUCCAUUAAGAACAGCCGCACGAUCUAAUGACGGUAACUGCACAUGAAACGGCUGUCGCUUUCAAAGUUAGCAUUGUCUUUCUGAUGAGGCGACACAGGUUGUUGAGGAAAUGCGGAGUUCCCGGAAUUGUCAGCACGGGGGUCGCUAUUUCACAACAUGGGCUCGGGCGGUGGUCCUCUUGUGGGCUAUACACGUCUGCUGCUUGCUUCGCUCUUCGUCAUCUGCUGCGGGGCAUAAAAAAAAUUCCGUAACUAAAAAUGCAUUUUUAUGUUCAGUCGAGCUACACAGACGGGCCAAUUCGUCGGUCACGUGAUGCAAUGCGGGCGUUGUCGGCCGCGCGACCUCGGGAGUAUAAAGAGGCCUUAAAAUCCAAAUACCACCUUACAUAAAAGGUAAUCUGUCAGUUUCAAAGCUUAGCUGCAUUAAAGGUCCAGUAUAAAAGGUAUGUCUAUAUGUAAUGAAUUGUAUUAAAAAUAGUGAAACAUUGUCACAGGGUUAAAAACUCAUCUACAUUAAAAGGUUGUAGUGUUCGCUACGAGUCACCAUGCAAACGAAAUACCACCUUAAAUAAAAGGCCCUUUUAUCGACGAAAGUUCUAAAAGGAAAAAAAAUUCACUGCAUCAAAACAAGCAUGAAAGCAAUGGCUUAUAAAGGGAAACACAUUGUCAUGGGGUCAUAAAUGAAACAACAUUGAAGCUGCAGUAAUGUACUUUCCACAACUGGCCAUCAUGCCAUCAAACCGUUAGCUAACGGAUCACGACGUUACCUUGAAUGAUUACGUUGGUGCGGCUUUUAGGGAGACGCGCCGCGGCACCGUCGGACGCCGCCGCCUUCCUGUUGCGUGCGCCCGUGUGUGGCUGCAGCUCGCACCUGCACGGGCGACACAACGUUCAAGUCCACAACGCGUCACCAUUCUGACAUACAGUACGUUCAUUGAAGUUAGCCUGAACUUAUGACUCUUACUGGCUUCGGCCAUAAAUGUGACAGUGGUAUUCGUAGCGUUAAAAAAAGAUUCAACAUUUUAUCGAAAAUGCUGAUGAUACUCUUGAGUUUAGAGUGUCAUCAGCAUCUUGCAACAGAAAUAGACUGGAAGAGUCACAGAAAGGCAAAGAAGUUGACGUCCUUGAAAACUCGCAUGGAUCAAAGCCGCCUGUUGUAAAUUUUGCCGUUCAGCUCCUUUUGAGAGAACAGUAAAAUGUGUAGAAAAGUAUUGAAUAAGGUAAAAUUAUGUUUACCUGGGAACGUUAAGUGAAUUUUAUGUUCAUCCUGUAAUUUCACAUGAAAGCCCAAAAUCCCAAACUUUUUGUGAGUAGUGCAAUAGAAAUAAAAUUAUGGGACUCACUUGCUAAAUUUGACCGAGGCCAAGAUGUGCUCAGGCCCACAGUCUUUCGCAGUCUGUGACAGAUGAAGAAAACAGUAAAAACUCCAUCCAACACCAAAUGAUUUAAUUACGUAUGAAAACUAGUAUACUGGAGGCUGACCGCUGCGGCCAGACGGUGGCCGGCGUUUCGGUUUCCUCUUCCGCCUCGGCCGGGACGUGCGGGUAAAGCUGGUUUGCACCAGGCUGCCGCCGAGCCUGCCUGGAAGUCUGCAGGGCCCAGGCCUGCCGAGCACACAUGGAAGGUAAAAAAAACAAACCCCAAAAAACAGCAAAGCGGGAGUAAGAAAAGUAAGGCGCUUCACAAACACUUGAUUUUUAUUUUAUUAAAAAGCAGCACAAAUUAACAUUCGAGUUGUCUUCUAAUGACAAUUAGCACCACGAGGCCGAGGAAAAGGCACAAAAACUUUACGUUGUUAAAAAUGAAAGUUUUAGUAUCAGUAGCUAUUUGCAAAAGUCACAGUGAGAAGCUUAACUAACAAGUCCCACAAUGGUGUCCGUGUGCCAGUAAGAUGGCUGCCCCGUACCUUUUUCACAUCAUAACUACAUCAGGGUCCAAACUUUUUCCCACUGUGAGGCGCAGAGAGAAAAAUAAAAGGGAGGUGGGGGGCAAAAAAGUCCCUCAUCUCAGGUUAUCGAAGGAAAAGGAAAACCAUUAUAAAAAUUUAAAACAACUUUUAAAAAAUUAAAAUGAGUCAUAUCUUGUAGCAUAUUUAUUUUUCAUUUUAAUUAAAAAAAAAAAAAAAAUCCUAUGACAUCUUUUGACAUUUUAACUUUUACUCAGAACCUUUUGAUGCGGGCCGUUAACAAAUGAGCACUGGGCUGCAAAUGGCCCUGGGCUGGACUUUGGACACCCAUGACUUAACUCCUCUACAAAAUAAUAUUAUUUGCUAACAAUCCAGCAUUGAAUACAUAAAAGACACAGAGUGGAGCUCCUACAAGCAAAAUGGGGCACUCACACGCGACACGACAAGAUAGCAGGCCACAACAUUUAACAUAACUUUUAACAAAGUCUUCCUGCAUUGAUGGUGCAAUUUAAAUAUCUGGUUCUGAAACACUCAAAACUCACCAAGCAUCUUAUAGGCGUUUCACGUAUGAACCACAAGCUCAUUGAGCAUGUUUGCUUAACUAACAAUGCUAAUGUUGACACAAAAGAGGCCACCAUUACGAGUACUAAUCAUGAUUUUGUUUUGUUGUUUUUGAAAUACCUUGACACGCAUGUACAAUCAUGUACAACCUUUUCUUUAAUGCACACGAUAGUCUUGUUACCGCUGAACAAGACAAGUUUAUAUUUAGUCAGCAAGAGAACAAAACUUACAGAAUUCAACCACGUGCACUAAAAGUGUUUGCAAUUCAGCCACAAUAGCCCAGGUAGCUGAAUAGGGGGGGGGGGGGG